AUGGACGACCAACCAGAUGUUAUUUGCCUGCCCAUGAAGGUUGAUGCCUUCGUUCUGAACCCAGAUGUUUGUAACAAUUCAAAAACCAAGAUUCCACCACUCAGCCAACCGAACUAUACCUUCCUACGCCUUGAUGCGAACGAAGUGCAGAGCGAUGUACUUGGACAUGUCGACCUACACGCUACAACUCCAUGUCACGUGAACCGGCGAGUCAUGGAUCUGGGCACGAACUCGGCUGCCAGAUCAGCAGAUCAGGGCUUCUCAAAUCCAACAGAUCCCAGCUUAUCUGACGUCUCUGCACCAAAUUUCAGAGCGGCUCCGACACGUUGGUUGGUCGUGCGGACGAUACAACCAGAUUCAAUGAUCCCCGCAGGCGCCAUUCCCGCCGUACAAGGCUGGGUGAUCGAGGGGGACCGUCGUUGGGAUCUCCAAUCCAUUCCAGCUGGGUACGAUUUAGAAACGGACUUCACCCCCUUCGUCGUUUCAGCAGCCGACAACAACGACAAUAUCGAGCAGCAAGCCGAAGUCUUUGUAGGAAACAAGACAGACGCUACCAUAUGGACAGAGACUGGCACCAAUGACAGUCGCAUAGCGCUCUCGCUAUUGACCUCAGCGAAUCCUGUGUUCGCAGACUUCCAGCCACACAACAGUAAUGUCUUCAGCAUGCUAGAUAAUUUCCAGUACGGCCCGAUCGAGGCGCCCUUGUACCUACAAGCCGCUACGGCUGACUACUACGUGAUCGGCUGGCACUACAAUCCCGCGGAGGACGUGUUUUAUAUUCCACAAAACGUGGCGACAACCCUAGGUGCUCGAUUGAAGGCUUGCAACAUGGCCCUUGGUCGUGACCCUAGCUCUGACAAUUGGAGUGGCAAGACCUCAGGAACCAGGCUUUUCUGCCACGGCGCCAUGUAUUCUGUGGACUGGAAGGCUAGAUGGACCGACCCAAGUACCAACGCGUAUGUUGGACCGAAGAGGAUACCAGCCGACGACGCCUUUGCAGCCGUCAACAAAACCAUGUCCAUGGCAGUCGGUACCACUCCAUUAGAUGCGAUGCUGGCAUACGUGGCGGCACAUGUGUGCGACACAAAGGAUCCACUGUAUUCUAUUGAACAAGACAUCGUCGCCAUUCAGGCUCUGCUCAUUGCACAAGACGACGGAGUCGAAGCUCAACUAGAAGCACAGGACUUGGUAUACAACUACAACUAUGCUCGAGAUGAAGGCGGUGUCCAUUGGCACAUUUCUGGAGACGAUGGAAGUAGUACACCUGUCAAUCCGGACAAUCAUACUCUCCAAGCAUUGGAGCAGCUCAACGCGACUCAAUUGCUCUUGGACUCUGCGAAUCGACGCGUCAGAGCGCUUCAGUGGUCCCUAUUUGCGGAAUGGUGGAAAUAUGUCAGCGACGCAAGCCAGAAGAAGGACGCCCCUAGCGUGCAGAAAUGUGUCACUUGCAUAAAAGACAAAAUUAAUGCUCUCGGGAAUCAAGUCACUGGCCUGAAAUCCAGCAUAAAAACCAUUCAAGACUCGUUCCCAAAGCUUGUAAAAGGGACGCAGCCACGAUUUUUCCAACAGAAGGAUCCUACUUUGUUCGUAGCAGGUGUACAGCCUGGAUGGCCGACAGACUUCCUUGACAGUCUGACAACAAGGCUAGCUUCACAAAUAGUCACCGGAUCUGGUGCCCCGGACAGCGAUUUCCAAGCCUUUGUGACCACUGUGGUGCCACGACUAUCCUUGCCGGAAGCAAUGAGCAAUACUGUACAGGGUCUACUGAACGAGUUUAUACUUCUGAAUCCUACGAGUGGUAGCACACAGAAGCCAGGUGCCGGCCAAUUUCUUCCGCUGUAUCAUGAUCAAGUUGGAGCAGCCACCGGCUUGACGGUCCAAGGGCUGGGCUGGCGAGACCGGUGGGAAUCCACGCAACCUUGGUUCCCGUUGUUCCUGGAGUGGGAAGCUGAGUACACUCACUUACCUUACAGUGAUUGGGAGCUGUCUGAUCGCCCGGUGCCUGGCUCGAGUGCCUAUCUCACCCAGGUACGCUACAACAUAAAGAAAGGGAUCAACUUAGCCGACGAAAUAGCCAAGGAGUCUGCUGUCGACAAAAGGACUAUCUCUGGGAGGAUCAUCAUGUUGCCUCAGCCAGGGUUCUCCCUAGCCACCAAAGUGAAGCAGCUCUUUAGCAAUACUGUUCCGGAAGUGUUAGACAAAUAUUUGAGUAAGGAUAAACGUGAUGAGCUUCUGACCGGACUCGGCAACCUAGCAUCCAUCUCUGCGCCGCUCGCAGGAUUCUCUGAUCAUCUUGUUACUCAAGUCCAAGGCGGACACAUCAAACCUAGUAAGCGGCUACUGGGCGAAAAGGCUGUUCCUAUGCAAGCGGCUGUCAAGAGCGAGGUGUCCAUCGGCCUAGACGAGAUUGGACUCAUGGGCAUCCAAACAGAUCUAACACCAUAUGGUAGCCUGGUAGAGUAUUUGCCACCUGAUUACAGUGCGUUCAAGCCAGUCACACAUGGUCAGUUCCGGUUUACGAAGAUGAAUAUCAUCGACAAAUUCGGCCAAGCAAUUCACGCCAUUGAUCCUACCCCAUCGGACACAGAUACUCCUCCCGUAUGGCCAUGUAUCAGCGACUUCUAUAGUUGUCAGUGGUUGCCUGCGCCGAUGGAAGACUAUGCCAACACUGUCAUUCGUGACAAGGAGGGCUGGUGCGAAUAUGUCCAAGUGUCCCCGCAGAUAAAUCAGAUGAGUCGUCUGAACGCCAAUUUCGUGGUUCGAAACUCCCUUGCCACUGGCCAACCCUGGCGGCCAGUAAUGGAGUGGGAGAACCCUAUCUGGGGGUGGAUGGUUGUCAACUAUGCCGACUAUGGACUCCAAUUCUUCACAGCUGAAGGUAAAUUCUACCGCGAAGUUCGCUUGGGAGGUCCAAAAGGAAGCACGGUCCCCAAGCAGCCGUUCCUGCCCUUUGGGCCAGCUACGGAGACCAAGACUCAGCUGGACUUCCUCAUUGCACACUUCGCUGAUCCAGACUACCUGCAGUCUUUCAUUGACAUGAUCAACGCCGCAUCUGAGCAGCUAGCUCCGGCUCCGGAUUCAUACGCUGAAUAUCUCUCGUCGUUGGUCGGGAAGCCACUGGCGCUGACGAAUAUCGGCUUCAGCCUGGAAUUGGCCACGGACCCCCUCACGAACCAGUCGACCAGAAACAAUGUUGCACCUGAGCUGCCGAUACUUCCCCCAGGCUCGCUACCACCGGAUUGUCCUGAUUGUGAACCACUCCCUCCAACUCCUGUCCCGACUUCAGCCCGACCUGGUCAUGAGACAGGAAGCGUCCCUCCAUCUACGGCACCGCCCAACUAUCGUUUCAAAGUGCACGUAGGUGACAAAGACCGCGUCUAUGACGGCUUGCUUGGGUAUUUCAAUCUCGCUCCGGCUGCGAAGAAUUUGAGAGAGGGUGACAGUCCCCAGUGCGAUUAUGAUCUGACGAAGAUAUUCACCUAUUACCGCUCGAAAAAUCCGUCGAUUGCAAACCCAACUCAAGCUAUCACAACCGACAACUUUCCAGAGCUGGACCCAUACUAUCUCCGUCCAGACAGCUACACGACCGGGCUUGAUUACAGCCUGGCACGGAAUGCGAAGCUCACCAUUCUAGGGUGCAUAUUGGACCCUUUCGCCGCACUGCACUUGUACUCCGACAUCCUACCCAUCGGCGAACUCAAGCUUCCAGCCUGGGCGGUCCAAAGUGCUCUGUCCGCCAUGACGGCUUUUUUCCACAUGGGACCUCUCGUUGUCACGGCAGACGUCCCUGUCUACGAUAGCCACUACGACCUGAGCAGCAAAUCCGUUGACGGAGCGAGCACCGAGCCAGUCUUUCCCGACGCCACGAUUGGGUUGCCAUCAUUGGCCCAGGCUGACUGGACGUGGCUGCAGCCCUACGGUGUUGCAGCUUCGACCAGUGGUGGCGGGAGACUGGCGCCGGGGUCGAGUAACACUCCGAUUCCUGGAGCGGUGACGGUAGAGACAAGAUUCAUGGGCUUGAAGUUGGGGAAGACGGAUGCUAUGCCGCGGUAUGACAAAGGACCAUACACGGCGGUAGAAGGAUAUUUACAAUUGAGUUCGCCAGUCACGAAGCCGACAACGGCCGCCUGA